AUGAUGGCAUCACUGUGGAGAGCUGAAGGCGAGAUUUUGAAAGAAAAGAAAGAGCCAAUGCGUGACACGACUUUGCCGUUGGAGAAAUUAGCCUAUGGAAUGAAGAGUAGUAUAUCGAUUGAUAUGAUAUACGUUGACCUGUCAAAAGCCUUCGAUAAAGUAUAUAACUCUAAAUUAAGUGCAAAGCUUAAGUACUUCGGAGUACGGGGCCAUGUUAUAGACUGGAUGAUCUUGCAUCUUAACAUGAGGAGUAUGACAGUCAAAGUUGGCCGCAAAUAUUCUGCCAAAUUCCCUUGCAAAAGUGGAAUUCCACAAGGAGUCCUGUUCCCUCUCUUGUUUCUCAUCUGCACUAUCGACCUACCUAAUGUGCUCAGAACUUCUUCUCAUAUUAGUGUCCAAAUGUACGCUAAUGACAUUAAGAUUUACGGCAUAUACGAUGACGAAAAUUACCUCGAAGUACGCACUGCACUUCAGACAUCACUGGCUAAAAUGUCCGACUGGGCUUCCAAACGAUAUCUGCGCAUGGCUGAGUAUAGCAUGAAUGGAGUAACUCUCAAAAUUUGUAAAUCUGCAAGAGACUUAGGGAUUUUUGUGGAUCAUAACCUCAGCUUCACAGCACAUAUUGAUCAUAUUGUAAGAAAAGCAUACUCCUCCCUUUUUCGGCUAUUCCAUAUUGCCCACACCUCUAAUCCAGCUAUUCUAGCAACUCUCUGA